ACGCGGAAGUACCCGAAAGACCCGGAAGUAAAAAGAGAGGUGUCAUGGCGGAGGCGGACGGUGUGAGUGUGCGGUCAGUGCUGCCAUGUCUGCGGGAAGCUGAGUUGAUUAAACAGGGCGCGGAGGCCCGAGUGUACCGGGUUCGGUUCUUAGGGAGGAGCGCCAUAGUGAAGGAGCGGUUCCCCAAACGGUACCGACACCCGGCUCUGGAUGAGAAACUGACCCGCCGCCGCGUCGCUCAGGAAGUGCGGUCCAUCCUGCGCUGUCGGAAAGCAGGCAUCGCAGCUCCAGUCGUCUACUUCGUCGAUCUCAGCUCCAACUGUAUUUUCCUGGAGGAGAUCACCGAGUCGAUCACCACACGUGAGCACAUCGCAGCCGCUCGGGCUUCCGGACGCUCCGUCGAGUCUCUACACGACCUCGCGGAGAACAUGGGCCGGAUCCUGGCUAAGAUGCACGAUGAGGACGUGAUCCACGGAGACCUCACCACCUCCAACAUGCUUCUGAAGACGGAGAGCUCCGGAGAACUCACACUGAUGCUCAUCGACUUUGGCCUGAGCUUCGUCUCUGCUCUGCCCGAGGACAAAGGUGUGGACCUGUAUGUGCUGGAGAAGGCCUUCCUCAGCACGCACCCCAACACUGAGACUCUCUUCCAGAAGCUUCUACACAGUUACACCGGGGCGUCCAAAAAAGCUCCGGCUGUAAUAAAAAAACUGGACGAAGUCAGACUCCGGGGGAGAAAGCGCUCCAUGGUGGGGUGAAAGAAAGAAAAAAACACAACGAGCCACUCUGCUGUGGUCAUGUGACUUUUUGUAAAUAAAAAUAAAUAAAUAUAUAAUUAUUUUUUUUGA